AUGCCGGGAAAUUCAAGCCGCCGGGGAUCCGACGUGGCAGUCAUCAUAUUCACCGUGAUGAUCACGUUGCUGACGUAUCCAAUAAUCAUCAACGCUUCAUCAUCAUCAUCAUCAGAUUCUUCUUCAGUCAACAUGAGGAAGCUCGACGAGGUCGAUCCCAUAAAGUGCUCUCCAAGCUGCGUCCAAACUCCACCUCCACCGUCCCCUCCACCACCGUCUCCGCCGCCUCCGGCGUGUCCUCCUCCGCCGGCUCUCCCACCACCGCCAAAGAAAGUCUCACCCUACUGCCCACCGCCUCCGCCUCCGCCGCCGGCUAAUUUCUUGUACAUAACGGGUCCGCCUGGUAAUCUCUACCCCGUUGAUGAGCAAUUCGGAGCUGCCGCCAGAAAAAGCUUUACCGUGGUGAAGCUCUCCGGUCUAAUCGGGCUCGUAAUUCUGGGGUUCUUGAUACUUUGA